CAAAACUUUUCCGCAGAAACGAACACCAGAGAUCCUGUUAUCGUCGUUGGCUCCCUCUUGGCUUUCACCAUCGAUUUCCCUCUAGGGUUAGGGUUUCGAUACCUCCGAUUCUCUUCUCAAAGAUGUGGCACGAAGCUAGGAGAUCGGAGAGGAAAGUCCACGACAUGAUGGACGCGGCUCGAAAGAGAGCCCAAAGAAGAGCCAUCUUCUUGGCCAAAAGGCGCGGUGAUCCUCAACAGUCCAUUCAAGUCAUCGGCUCUCGCUGCCGUAUCCACCGCGACGACGCUCUCUAUCACGCAAGCGAAGACCAGCAAGGCCUGAUUCCUUGGAAUGGAAAACAAGACGUUUUGAUUGAUAGAUUUGAUGGCCGAGCUCUACUUGAUUUUAUUCGGGAGCCAGGGACGCGGCAUUUUAGGAAUCAAGAGAAGUCUGAAGAAGAAAAAGAAGUAGAAGAGUUUGUAAAUUUUGAGCGUUAUCGGGAUUUAAUUAAGCAUCGGCGUAGAGGAUUUAUGGACGAGGAGGGUUUGCAACAUGUGAAUCAAGAAAUGGAGGCAAAAGUUACAGCACCAUUUCAAUCGGACAGAUCACAGCCAGCACAACCAGCUAAUAAGGGUUCAUAUUCGCAAGUUGGGUUCUCUUAUGACGGAAAUGGAAAAGAGGAAGCUAAUUUUUCAGACAUUGAUGAAGAUGAGGAGGAGGAGGAUGAGGAGGAGGAGGAAGACGAUGAAUUCAACAGUGAUGAUAGUAAUGAUGAAGGAAUGGAUAUAAUAGCAAAAGAAUUUGGAGUGAAAAGGUAUGGUUGGCUUGUCUAUAUGGAUAAAAAGGCAAAAGAGGAAGAAAAAAGACAGAAGGAAGUGAUCAAAGGCGAUCCUGCAAUCAGGAAACUGAGUCGCAAAGAAAGGAGAAAAGCUUCUCAAAUUGAGAGGGAGAGAGAAAGAGAAACAGCACGGAUAACUGGAACAAGAGUACUCCAUAAUGAUCCCUACCGGGAACCUAGGCGAAGUCCAACCUAUGAGGCUUAUCCGCGUUCUAGGAGGUCAAGAUCAAGAUCACGUUCAUACUCUCCAUCAUACUCAAGGCGCCAUGCACGUGGAGGUUAUUCUGAUGAUUCUCAUAGAAGUAAACCAAAGGCUCCAAAAAUAGAGUAUAUUACAGAGUUUGGGGGCUCUGGCGACGGGGAUGGACCAAAGCUUGAAGGAUUUUCUCCGCCAUCAUCGCCUCCAUUCCAGGCUGACAUGUUGAACCGGCCAUCAUCUGGUCACAUACUUGAGGCACUUCAUGUUGAUCCUGCAUCUGGUGUGUCUCUUGAUAAAGAAAAGAGCAGUAAAGUGUCAAAACCAGCAGUAAGCACAACGUCAGCGUUAGCAAAGUUGACAAAAGGGAGUACCUCUGGAGGACCCUCAAAACAGGUGCAGGGUGAGAAGAAAGAAACUCCUCAGGAGCGGCUAAAAAGGAUCAUGAACAGGCAGUUAAACAAGCAAAUUAAGAAAGACACAGCAGCGGAAAUGGCUAAGAAACGAGAGCAAGAGCGCCAAAGACUGGAAAAACUUGCAGAAACAAGCCGAUUAAGUCGUCAAAGGCAUCGCAGCCGCAGUAGGAGCUACAGUCACUCUCCUCCAAGAAGAUAUCGACGGAGUAGAAGUCCAAGUAGGAGUAGGAGUUCUCGAAGAUACUAUUCUCGUUCACGCUCACGUUCACGAUCUAGGUCCCACUCUUACUCUCGCUCCCGUUCUCGUUCUAAUUCCUGCUCGCCCAGGGUAAGAAGCCGUUCAAGGUACUGAAAGCAAUUGCUGCGCCUGAGAAGGUUGCAGGCAGGGUAUUUCAUAUUUUAUGUAUGCAGUGUUGCGAUGCCCAGCUUUUGAGAAUAUGUUGCAAAAUGGUGUAGGGUGUUCUAAUCAGUAAUGAUAUGUUCUUUAUAAUCUUCCUGACUUUUACCAAAGUGCAUGUAAUAUAAUAAAUAAGUUUUUCUGAUA